CAGCCGAGGGUGGCAGCAGGUUGGAGUUCGCGAUGCUGCAGCAGCCUUAGUGUUAAUGCAGGUGGAGCAGCAUGUGGUGCCCGUAACGUCUACAGCCAGGAGGAGCGUUCAGUCCCUCCUCUCUCCUUCACUCCCAGCGGCUGGUGGAGACAUCAUGCGUUAGUCAAGCCGGCUGAAAAUGAACGGGCAUGUUAAAAUCCUCCCCUCUCCCACGUCCUCCUCAGCUGGACACAGCGCCAGCCCGGACACGCACAGAGGAUGGCUGCUCAAAUGGACCAACUAUCUGAAGGGCUACCAGCGCCGAUGGUUCGUCCUCAGUAAUGGCCUUCUGUCCUACUACAGGACUCAAGCUGAAAUGGCACACACCUGCCGUGGCACCAUCUCCUUGGCGACGGUACACAUUGAGGUGGGAGACACUUGUCACCUGGUGCUGACGAGUGGGGGCCGGAACUACCACCUGAAGGCCAGUUCAGAAGUGGAGUGUCAGCGGUGGGUUUCUGCGCUGCAGCAGGCCAAAGCGAACGCCACUCAAAUGAUGCACCAAUCAGAUGACUCUGGUGAUGAAGUCACAGUAGCCCAGCCGGACCGUGCUCUGACCUCUGGUGCUCUGAAGACUCUGAUCAGUAAGCUGGAUGAUCUGAGCACGUGCAAUGAUCUGAUUGGAAAGCACGGAGCGGCUCUGCAGCGGUCACUCAGCGAGCUGGAGGACCUGCGCUGCCCUAGUGACGGAAACGACAAGCUCAAAACGGUCAACGAGCGCGCAACACUCUUCCGCAUAACCUCCAAUGCUAUGAUCAAUGCUUGCCGGGACUUUGUGGAUUUAGCGGAGGGACACAGCCGGCGGUGGCAGAGGGCACUGCAGUAUGAGAGAGAACAGCGCCACCAUCUGGAGGAGACCAUUGAGCAGCUAGCCAAACAACACAACAACCUGGAGAGAGCCUGGAGAGAGGCACCCAGCACUCACCCACCGGGACCUGAGCGGUCAGGAGAAGUAGACACCAGUGAUGAGAAUGAGGAUGUAGAGUUUUUUGAUGCCAUGGAGGACUCGCCCGCUUUCAUCACCGUUCCUGCGUCCAACCACGCACAGCAUGAACACUCAGGUGGAGGUGUUAACCAGAGCAUGACCAGUAGUAUGGCCAAUGAUUGGGGUCAGGAGGACAGUGACACAUCAGGCUCGUAUGCGCUGCAGCAGCGGAGAGGCAGACGCAGCCGAAUCCCAGACAAACCCAACUACUCUCUCAACCUGUGGAGCAUCAUGAAAAAUUGCAUUGGCAAAGAGCUCUCCAAAAUCCCCAUGCCUGUGAACUUUAACGAGCCGUUGUCGAUGCUGCAGCGGCUGACGGAGGAUCUGGAGUACAGCGAGCUGCUGGACCGCGCUGCCCGCUGUGUGUGCACUCUGGAGCAGAUGUGUUUGGUUGCUGCAUUCUCAGUCUCGUCUUACUCCACCACUGUCCACCGCAUCGGAAAACCCUUCAACCCACUGCUGGGGGAGACGUACGAGCUGGACCGGCUGGAGGAGAGCGGGUACCGCUCUAUUUGUGAACAGGUGAGUCACCACCCACCUGCAGCCGCCCAUCAUGUGAUGUCUCAGCGUGGAUGGACUCUGUGGCAGGAGAUCACAAUCGACAGCAAGUUUAGAGGAAAAUACAUCUCUAUCAUGCCUCUGGGUCACAUUCAUCUGCUGUUCCACUCCAGUGGGAAUCACUAUGUGUGGAGUAAAGUCACAUCCACAGUCCAUAAUAUCAUCGUAGGCAAACUCUGGAUUGACCACUCUGGCGAUAUUGAGAUUGUAAACCGCAGGACAAAGGACACCUGCCACCUCAAAUUCUCACCUUACAGCUAUUUCUCCCGGGAUGUUCCCCGCAAGGUAACUGGUGUGGUGGCAGACAGUGAUGGUUUGGCUCACUAUAUCCUGUCUGGAUCAUGGGAUGAUAAGAUGGAGAGUGCGAAGAUCGUGGAGAGCAGUCGUGGCUGUGUAGGGUCAGAGGUCAAACAGAAAACUGUCUACCAAACUCUCCCUCCUAAACUGCUCUGGAAGAAAUACCCGCUACCUGAGAAUGCAGAGAACAUGCAUUAUUUCUCCUCUCUGGCUCUGACUCUGAACGAGCCUGAGGAAGGCGUGGCUCCCACAGACAGCCGCCUGCGGCCAGAUCAGAGGCUGAUGGAGGCGGGACUUUGGGACGAAGCCAAUGUCCACAAACAACGUCUGGAAGAGCGGCAGAGGUUGGAGAGGAAGAGGAGGGAGGCACAGACAAACAUCGCUCUGGAGGAGGGCCGGGAGGUGGAGAUGUACCAGCCGCUGUGGUUUGAGAAGAGGCUGGACUCUGAGACCAGGGAGAGCAGUUAUGUCUACAGAGGAGGAUACUGGGAGGCCAAAGAGAAGCAGGACUGGAGCCAAUGUCCGUCCAUCUUCUGAGGCGUCAGUCGUUAUUCCCUGCAGGAUGAUGGCUGCUUCAUGGAGAGCAUCUAGUGAAGCUGAAGGACAGUUUGACACCUUGAAGGACACUCAGUACUCAGUGGACAUGCGAGGCAGGACAUGCAAUUAUGGUCGUGUGUGUGUGUGAGUGUGUGUAUUGGGAACAUUGCUUAAAAGUGCUUCCGAUUCAGAGGCAUCUCAAGGAUCUGAAAUAUACAUGCAUUGUUUUUUCCAUUCUCUUUAGUAACAUAGUAGAUUCACUUGUGUUUGGAGUUGGGAGGGUGAGUGUGCACACAUGUUUUGUGGCAGGUGCAAUGAUCGCUGCAUGGAUUCGAGCACAAGAGAUUCCAGCACUUUAUUUAUGAGUUACAUUUAAACUGUAGGACUCUGAGUGGGUGAGCCCAGGUGAGAUUUGUCAAAAAUGUUAUAAUGGACAUUUUUAACUAAGCAGAAUUUAGAUGAAGGAUAUUUGGUAUUUUUCAGACCAUAUCUGUGUUAUAGUGUUGUCCUUUAACAUGAACUAUAAAUUCAACCUGUUGCCCAGUACUUGGAAAAGAGCAGAAAACAUUCCAAGGAACAUCUACCCAUAGACUUCUAUUAUAAGUGUACUUGGGUACGUUUCGUUCUUUACCAAGUUCAGGGAAAGCCACUAGAAUUAUUGUCUGUGGUAAAUAAUAAUCCAUAUGCUGUCGAUAAAGAUAGAGGUUAGACUGAAAAAUCUGAAGUACCCUUUUAAUAAGUGCCAGCACAAAACAGUUACAGAAUUUGAUUUUUCACUGAAACUCUGUUAUUUAGCUCACUGUUGCUGUGUUAGCACAUUGUAAUAGUAGGCCUGUGUUGUCUUGGCCUCUGGUUCUGGGUUGGUUGGUUCUGUGGGCCUGCAGUGGAAAUGUGGCUGCUGCACUGAGCCUGAAGCCUGGCUCAGUGGUUAUACUGCAGUAGUUCUGGCCUUAUAGUGAUUUCCCUUCCUAUAACCCUGUGGCUCCCAGUUCCAGUCCAUGUUUUCCCAGCAUGACCCAGCAUAUAAUCUAGUCAUAAGAAAAUAACAGGAGAUGAAAACGACACAUUAACAUCUGAUAAAUCCUUAAACAUAAUUUGGACUUUUUUCUACUGGUUGACUAAUCAGUUCACACAAUGGGACAGCUGAGGGGGGGGGGGUGAAAACAGAAAUGAAUGGAGAAUUUAUCUCAGGAGACUAAUCAAAUACUUUAGACUAGGAAGAUGUGCAUUGGGAACCACUUCCAUAAGCACAAGAUGCAGAUAUAUUGGUAGAUUUUGUUCCUUUCAUCAGCUCAUGAUCAAAUCCUUCUGAAUCAGAAGUCGAACCUGCUAAAGCUGUUUCCCAGCAUUAGGAAUCAUCUUACUGUGACUGAAAUGAACUGGUUUAAAAGGUAACUUCACAAAAUGGUGACAAUCAUAAAGCUCUGGUCUAACAAAGGAGAUGCAAAUAAACUAAUGUGACUCAUGUGAGAUGGAACUGAUUAAUAUACAGUUGUAUGCAAAUUACACAUUCCAUGUUUUGUUGAUUUUCUGUGACAAUAAGUUAACACAUCCUCUAGGGUACACAGUUGAAUAUGGCAUUUUCAGCAUGUUUUAGCACAAUUUCUGUUUAUCUCAUAAGUUUUAAAAGUAAAAUGGGCCAUCGGUGUAGUGCGGGCCACAUUUUAUGCCAUAUUUCCCCCCCAUAUGAUAAAUUCACAGUAUUUGUGCAUUCAAAUGUCUCUUUAUUCCCUGAAUUUCACAUAUAAAAAAGUAAAACCAAUGCGUCCCAAUUUUAGACAGGCCAUAUUUUAUGUCAUUUUCCCCCAAUUUGUUAUUUUCAGGAAAUAAUCAGUAAUUGUGCAUUAAAAUGUGCACAAGUGUGCUCUCUGUGGAUCUGAUCAGCCUGAACUUUUGCAUGUAUUUGUAUAUAAUAUAAGAGUUCUAGUGGACCUGCUGACAUUGCCCCAAACACAUAUUAGGUCUGCCUAGAGCUGUGGUUUGGGUGCCCGAGUCAAAUUCUGUGUUUUGUUCAUUUAAAAAGAAAAAAAAACGUGUCCUCUACAGCACCCUUCAUCACAUUUAAUUCCCAAUCACUGUUUAUUUGCUGAAUUUAAAAUAUAAAAUAAAAUGUGGCCUGUGCAAAAGUUAUGGUGCAGUUGGUAUUUCAUGCCCCUCCCACACACAUGUUCAGUAUGGCACAUAAAUAGAAAUUGUGCAUUAAAAUAAAAAUUAAAAUAAAAAUUUUGCAUACAACUGUACCUUGUAUCUACACUUGGUGUCAAUGUUAUUAAGUCUGUUUGCCAUAUAGGUGCCAUAGGUACAGGUGUUUCUCAUGUAAUUUGUUAUCCCCCCUUUUCCCUGAUGGUCAGUGAUCAGGACCCUUAAAAGUGAUCAAGACCAUCAGAGAGCAGGUAUUUUGUUUGUGUAUGUGUGUGUGUGUGUGUGUGUGUGUGUGUGU